CCAAAACUCCAAUCAUUUUGAAAGUGCUUCCAAACCCACCACCACCCAAUUUGUUGCUCUAUAAUUCGACAAACCAACCUCUCUCUCUUCAUUCUUCCUUUCUGCUUUUGAUUCAAUUAUCAUCCAUAAUUAUCAAAUCUUGGUUUUUUUACCAAGAAAUUUACUGCAAAAAAGGAAGAAGAAAAAAUGGAGUUUUCAACAUUUCCCCCUUCUUGGCACUCCUUUUUCACCUCCCCUCUCCUCUUUCCAUACCAAUUCAUCCCGGGAAACUACGUUCAUUGGACCGAAACCCCGGAAUCCCACAUUUACUCUGCGGAUAUCCCCGGGGUUAAGAAGGAGGAAAUAUGUGUGGAAGUUGAGGACUCAAGGUACCUAAUUAUCCGUACAGAAUCUGCUGACGAUACGGUGAUGACACCUGGCGGUCGUACUUUUAUGAAAAAAUUCAGGUUGCCAGAUACAAUUGAUGUCAACGGGAUUUCUGCUUGUUAUGAGAACGGGGUGUUAACGGUAACUGUUCCAAGAUCUUUUGUCAGAAGGGGGUUUUAUAUCGAACCAGCUGAUCUGCCUCAACACACUGAAGUUCUUGCUAGAGCUGCUUGAACCCUUAAAACUUCCAAUAAUAAAAGAUUAUCAUGUCAUAAUAUAUUUCAUAUUUAAAUUUGGUAUUAUUAAGGUUAUUAUAGGCGUCGUUGUUUUGGGGAAAUAUGGUUGAUUCUGUUGGUGUAAAAAUAUAUGUUUAGAUGUAGGGUUCAUUUGAUUGGUAUAAUUUGGUAAAAAAUCAAUCAUGUUAUGCAAUAAUAAUUCUUCAUCUAACAUAAAAA